AUGCAAGUUUACACGGGGAUAAUGAUUGGCGUUGGCGAAAUGGGAGUUGUCUGUGGUCCUCUCAUUGGAGGCGUUUUUACGGAAUACGUGACUUGGAGGUGGUGUUUCUAUAUCAAUUUGCCAAUCGGCGCCCUCUGCGCCCUGCUGCUAGUCUUUAUGAGAGUUCCCGAUACCAAUCCCAAGCCCCGCUUCUCCCUUGAGCUUUUCCGAAAGCUCGUCCCGGAGCUUGACCUCUUUGGCUUCGCUCUAUUUGCUCCAGCAUCCGUCAUGUUCCUGCUGGCUCUUCAGUUUGGCGGGAAUGACUACGCGUGGAACAGUUCCGUCAUCAUUGGUCUGUUUUGCGGUGCUGGCGCUACGGCCACAUUUUUUUGCCCCUGGGAGUACCGGAUGGGAGAUCGUGCGAUGAUGCCCGGCUUUCUCCUUAAGCAGCGGAUUGUUCUGUGCAGUUUGUUGCACAUGGCUUGCACAAUGACUCUUGUGUCAGUGCCGAGCUACUUCCUUCCGUCUUACUUUCAGUCGGUCUUGGGAACAAGUCCAACGAUGAGUGGUGUGGAUAUGCUACCCAACAUCGUCUCACAGCUACUUCUGAUCGUUCUUUCCGGGGCUGCUCUCAAGGUAUUCGGUUACUAUCUUGUGUAUGCCGUUGGUGGAGCCACCGUCUCCUCCGUUGGAAUGGGUUUACUUUCUCUCCUCAGUCCCACAAGCACCACAGGACAGUGGAUUGGGUAUCAAAUUCUUGCGGGUGCUGGACGAGGCUCAAGCAUGCAGAUGGGCAUGGUCGCCACUCAAAAUGUAGUCAAAGAUUCCGAUAUCUCCCUCGCCAUGGCCCUGCUCGUCUUCGGCCAGAACUUCUUCGGCGCCGCCUUCCUCGUCAUCGCCAACACCAUCUACGACCAGAGCCUCAUCUCCGAGAUCCCGAGACGCGCACCGCCCGUCUCGCCUCAGGCCGCUCUCAGCGCCGGAGGAAGCGCAAACUCGAUUGGCAUUGACAGGAUCUUUUACUUCUCUGCCGCCCUUGCGGUUGCGUCAUUCUUUGUCGCCUGGGGGCUGGGCUGGAAGAAUGUCGCCGCGAAGAAGCAUGCUGCACAGGAAUGGGAAGCUCCCCGAACCAUGCCAUCUGCUGCCGCUCUCACAGUAUACGCCUUCGGCGGCAUGUGCCUGGUCGCCGGACUCACGAACCUGGCAAAGCCAGAGGACGCACUGGCGGCCCUGGACCUGCCCGCGACGGCGCGCUCCGCCUCCAACGGGAUGGCGCUUGCGGCCGUCGCCAUAGGACUGUACUAUCCGCUGGCCGCUUGGCAGGAGAACACGGCCGUCUUCGUCCUCACUGUGCCGAUGCGCCUGCUCACAGCGACGGUGUUCUGGCUGCAGGGCGGGCCGUGGCGCGUACCGGCUGCGUGGGAAGGGUCUGCGGCUCUGCUCACGGGGCUUGCGCUGGCAUGGGAUCUGCGACGGGCUAGAGGAGGAGGAGGCGAAGAGAGAGAUGUGGCGGCGAGGAAAGCUGGAUGA